UAAUUGUCCGAAGUAGAGCAUAUAUUCAAGAUAAGAGUUAUCAUGUGACCGUGUCAGUUAUUCAUAACCUCUGACACUUUAUAGACCUAGAUAAUGCGCUUCGUACAGUUUGAGAGGGGCGGGGACCGACGCGUGGGGGUGGAGAUUCGGGAUGGAGGGGACAUCGUGGACUUGUGUGCUGGAGAUUCCAGUAUACCAUCAGACAUGCGGAGCUUUAUUGAGGGUGGCCAAAAGACAUUGCUUGCGGCAAAAAGUGUGAUAGACAGGGGUGGAUCAAUUAUUCCGAGGGACUCCGUCAAAAUAGUGGCCCCCAUCUACAAUCCCGACAAGGUGCUAUGUGUGGGGAUGAACUACAAAGACCACUGUGAGGAGCAGAAUGCCCCUGUACCCAUAGAACCAGUCAUCUUCAACAAAUUCCCAAGCAGCAUUAUAGGCCCCACAGAGGACCUUCAAUACCCAGAGGAAACACAGAAAUUGGACUGGGAAGUUGAGCUCACAAUUGUUAUUGGAAAAGAUGCCAAACGAGUUCAGGAGAGUGACGCAAUGAAUUACGUCUUUGGCUACACUGUGGCUCAUGACGUCAGCGCCCGGGACUGGCAGCUCGAGCCCGGGAAAAAUGGCGGACAGUGGCUGAUCGGGAAAGCCAUGGACGGCUUCUGCCCCUUGGGCCCCGCCAUUGUAAUGAAAGAAGACAUCAAUGAUCCACACAAUCUUGGAUUGCGAUGUAGAGUGAAUGGGGUAACCAAACAGGACAGUAACACCAAUCAACUCGUCCACAAGACCGCCGCCAUGGUAUCAUUUAUUUCCAGGUUUAUGACCUUACGGCCAGGGGACGUUAUUCUGACAGGUACCCCACCCGGAGUUGGGGUCUUUAGAAAACCACCAGAAUACCUAAAGAGAGGUGACGUUGUAGAGUGUGAAAUUGAUGGCAUUGGAAAAGUGGUCAACAAGAUAGUGUAGAAAAAGGAACUUUACAGCUGCAAAGCAUUUUCCUUGGCAGCAUAAUAUUUACAUUAUAGAUGUAGUAUAUAGGAACACAACGUGAUCUGUAUGGGGUAAAAUUGGCGAAUGAAGUUUUUAUUUUUUGUAAUAUUUUCACUUACCAAAGUGAAUUGAUUAUGCGAGUUAGAAUGACAUUCAAAUUAACAAUAAAUCCAUAUUCAAGAAAACCAUUUUUACUUGUUUUCAAACAAUUAUGUACCUACCUACAAUGAAUAAUAGUAUAAAAA